AUGCAAGCGUUGUUAGGGGAGAUGAGGCGUAUGUUGAGGGCUGAAUUAGAACCUAUUCACGAGAGGUUGGACAGGGUAGAAGCAGAAACUCCUAGGGGACAGCAACAAGACAAUCCCAAUAGGCAACAAGGUGGGCGUGUUCCGUGGCGGAAUGUUGAGGAAGAGGCGGAGUUGGAGGAAUUUGAUGAGCCAUAUUUGAACCGAGGCAGGUUUGAGCGUGGGUAUGGGAAUAGAGAAGCUAGGAUGGGUAGGCCUAGGAGGGAUAAUGAUUUAGGAAACAUAAAGAUUAAAAUUCCGUCUUUUCAAGGUAAAAAUGAUCCUGAAGCUUAUUUGGAGUGGGAAACUAAAAUGGAGAUGGUGUUUGAUUGUCACAACUACUCGGAGAUAAAGAAGGUUAAGUUGGCUGCAAUUGAAUUCACAGAUUAUGCCAUUGUUUGGUGGGAUCAAUUACUGAUUAAUAGGAGGAGAAAUAGAGAGCCACCCGUGGACACUUGGGAGGAGAUGAAAAUGCUUAUGAGGAGGCGUUUUGUACCCAACCAUUAUUAUAGGGGAUUGUAUCAAAAGUUGCAGAGGUUAACUCAAGGUUCCAAGAGUGUGGAUGAGUAUUACAAGGAGAUGGAGGUAGCAAUGAUCCGGGCUAAUGUAGAAGAGGACCGAGAAGCCACCAUGGCUAGGUUUUUGCACGGUUUAAAUCGUGAGAUUGCAGAUAUAGUCGAGUUGCAGCACUAUGUUGAGUUAACAGAUAUGGUGCAUCAAGCCAUAAAAGUGGAGGAACAAUUCAAACGAAAGGGAUUGGCUAGGAGGGGACAACCUAUGGCUACCACCAGCCCAUGGAAG